ACACUAUUAAAGGUUGAGGAAACAGAAAGUCCAUGAAUCUCUUACAGGAACCAUCAACCUAUACGACAAGCUAGUUUAAAGUCUGCAGUCAAUGUCAACAUGCAGUGACUAUAAAAUGAGUGCGUAAUAACAGUUUCACUUUAUUCUCGGGGUACGCGAAAUUGAUUCAGAAAUGGAAGUAGAAAUAACAGGUCCUAUAAGACCAAUGUUUGAAAUGGAAAAAAGGAAUAAUGAGAAUGGUGACGCCACUGACACUCCAAGUGAGAAGAGAAAGUGGGUUCACCAUCUUCAGAAAUUCGGAGACAACUCUUCCUUCAGUGCUGCAGUGUACGAGUUCAAGAGCAAGUCGAUUUGCAAGCGCCUUCUUUGGGGAUCAAUUAUACUUUUAGCAAUUGCAGGAUUUUUCUUCAUCACUGCGCAGAGUAUCAUCUUGUUGAUUGAGGAACCAAUCUCGACCUCUAUUACUGAAAUGAGGCAGACGAAGUUGGAGUUUCCUGCUGUGACUGUCUGCAGUUUAAGUUUUAUUAACACGACUGUUUUAACAGAGUUUACUGAUAACAAUCAAGUACCACAAUACAAUUUACAAAAACAACUAUCAACUCUAUUUGAAACUGCAUCACUCCCCAACACGCCUCCUUUAGCGCAGUGUGUGUCUGUUGCAAACGAAAUUGCUAAUAGAACUGGUCGCAACAUCAGCUUUGGAAAUCUCGUUUCAGAUACUGCAAGAAAUGAUCCUGGCAAGUUAAUCGUUGCGUGUUCAUUUCAAGGUGAAAAUUGCAUCAAUGACUUGGAGACAAUUGAUACAAUAAGUGGUGUCUGCUUUACAUUUAAUGGGCCGAAUACGAAAACACCUCGAACAGUUCAAGGGACCGGUGUGCGACAGGGCCUGAGAAUUCAAGUCUUAAACGGAGAUCAGUCAUUUAGCUUGAACAAUAACCAUGGCUAUAACGUCAUCGUGCACAAUCGUGAUGAACCACCAAGGCCCGAGAGUGAUGGGAUUAUAGUUGGCUUGUCGUCCAGCCUGUAUGUAGGAAUGCAACAAAUCAUUUCAACCGACAAAACACGAUUUUAUUCUGGUCAAGACUGUGUUAAAAAUUCUGACAUCACGUCUCAGAAUUUAGCAUUCUCCAACUACUCAUCUUUCUCACAUUCUCUUUGCUUGAAUGACUGUUUUUACACACACAUUGCGAGUGAAUGCCAAUGUGUGGAGAGGACAUUUUACACACCGGUUAGAAGCCCUUACAUCAAUAUGAGAAAUUGUGUUGCGGCGGACAUAUGCUGUGAAGUGAACAGUUUCGAGACUUUUAAAGAGAACUGUAGCUGCCCACUGAAAUGUGAACGUAUUGAUCGCACCAUUACUGCAAGUAGCGCAACUAAUGACCACAAUGACAGAGUAGGAAUCAACGUUUUCUAUCGGACACUUGUGACAGAUGUUCUUGAAACAACAGAUUCGUACACUCCUUGGAGCCUGAUCUCUGACAUUGGAGGCAAUACAGGACUGUUCCUGGGCUUCACUCUGCUGACUGUGGGGGAGGUGGUGCUGUUGGUGCUCGCCUUGCUCAAUGAAUGUUGUUGCUACUCUUGCAACCGAGAACGAUUCAGGAAAUAGGUUAAUCAUGGUCAUCAGUAUAAAAUUAUAGUUAUUAAAUGAAAAUUACAUAAUCUAAACGGAUUAUUGUUACUGUUACAUGAUGUAAUUACAUUAACAUUUCCAAACUAGACCUAUUUUGCAAUUAUUAACAAGCUAAACUCUAUUAUUAUAUAGAUCUACUAUAGACAAGUAAUGGCCCUGGGUCUUACACUACGCAUGUC